AUGUCAAAUCACGAUGAUAUCUGGUCACCAAAGGCGUUAUUCUUGACGCCGUCUUCUGCGGUCGUAACCUUGGCAGUGGUGUUGCUUUCGACAUGGUACUUCUUAUCUUGGUUUCGCCUGAGGCACAUUCCCGGCCCCUGGCUCAACUCCAUAUCCAUCUUGCCCAUGAACCGCAUGACCAUGAGCGGGAAGCUGAGUUUCAAGUUGAAGGAAUUGGGAGACAAGUACGGUCCUUUGGUUCGCGUCGGGCCUAACGAAGUUUUGUUUGGCGAUGCAGAUACUUAUCGCAAGAUAUCAGCGGUGCGAUCGGAUUUCACCAAGGGUCCUUGGUAUGAGCUGUCUAAGAUCGUGCCGGACCAGCACAGCUUGUUCUCCAUGAGAGAUGACGAAGAGCGAAAAGAGCUGAGGGCUAAGUUGACUCCAGGUUAUGCUGGCCGAGAUGAUGGCGGCUUCGAGCCUGGAGUAGACAAGAUUGUCGCCCAGUUUGUCAACCUCAUUGAGUCCAAGUACAUCUCUACCGCCACCGAAUUUCAUCCCAUAGAGUUCUCUCAUAAAUCUCAAUACUUCGCUCUCGACGUUAUCAGCCAACUAUCUUUUGGCGAGCCUUUGGGAUUUUUGGCAAAUGACGAGGAUUUAUGGGGUUACGUUGAGACAAACGACCGCGUGUUUCCUUCGCUUGCGCUCAUAUUAAAUACACCACACAUAGGUAUUAUGAUGCAGCAGUGGCCUCUCAGCAAGCUCUUGCCCUUCUCAAGCGAUGAGUAUGGUUUCGGAAAGUUGAUGCAUGUGGCAAAAGGUCUAGCCGAUGAGAAGCUGGCCAAUGAGCAAGACUCAGAAGGCAUCAUGGCCCAACAUCACCUGCGCAACGGCUUGACCUACAAAGAGCUUUUAGCCGAAAUCUUUCUCGAAUUCAUUGCAGGCUCCGAUUCAACAGCAACGGCAAUCCGCAUGACAAUGCUUUGCCUCCUCAACACACCUGUAUCCUUUAAUAGUCUUCGUCAAGAGAUGGACACCGCAAUCAAGAAGGGCCAAGUCAGUUCGCCCAUCACCGAUGCCGAAGCUCGACAGUUACCGUAUCUUCAAGCCGUCAUCAAGGAAGGUAUACGCAUGUACCCUCCAUCAACUGGUCUGAACUAUAAGCAAGUGUCUGAAGGAGGGGCUGAGCUAUGUGGUUACUUCUUGCCCGAAGGAACGCAAUUAGGUGUUAACAUCCAGAAAUUGAUGAGGUCCAAGGAAACAUUUGGGAGCGAUGCAGACAUAUUCAAGCCGGAGCGCUGGCUAGACGCGGCUGCGGACGAAGAUCGUCUGAAAGAGAUGAGUUCCGUGGUCGAGCUCGCUUUUGGUCAUGGGCGUUUCCAAUGCCUCGGGAAGACGAUUGCGUUCAUGGAGUUGAACAAGAUCUUUGUCGAGCUGCUACGAAGAUUUGACUUUGCUGUAGUAACUCCACAGGAGCCGUUGAAACUAUAUGACGCAGCUUUUUGGGUCACGAGAGACUUUUGGUUGCGAGUAACUCGAAGGGGGGACACGUAA